UUUACCGGAAGACAAGCUUUCGUUCAUUUUGCGGGUGGUGGCGUAAGCGCUCUUAUGACGUUUGGAACGCCAAGCGUGCAAAAAGAAGAGUCUAAUGAAUGAUUUUUGUUUACAGUGUACUAAUUAACAAAAUGAUAAGAUAAAUAAAAUGCAAAUCAAUUUUCUUUUUAAUAAUUUAUCAAUUUAUCAAAUUUAAUUAACAGUUCCCGUCUAAAAAGGCAAUAGUAAUUCAUGAACUUGUCAAAUUGACAACUCGUUGACAGAUACACAAAGUGCAUAUUCAUAAUUCUUUCUUAAAAUACUAAACACAUUUUCAUUUUUUGCAAACUUUUCAACCUUCAAAAGAUUACAAAAAGUUAGUUAAAAUGAACAGGAAAAGAUUGUCAAAAAGCUCAAUAUUUUAAAUUGUUGAUAUACAUAAUACAUUGUCGAUCCAUUCAUCCUUUAUGAAUGUCUACAAUACAAAGGUAAAGGAUACAUAUGUCAAGCGUAGUGUACAGUUUGACAAAUUUUAAAGUUUUAAUACGUUAAUGAAAUACAUUUUUAAGAUGAUGUAAGAUAAAAAUCUUUUCACUUUUAAGCACUAAUUGAUACAUUCGAAAUGCAUUUGCAUCAAUAUUGCGCCUGCAAUAUUAUAUUCUGUAGGUUAUAAAUAUCGACAAUUUAUCGAUUUGACAUUCGAUCAAAUAUUUAUCAUCAUGUUGUCAAGAAAGAAUAAAGAUUUAAGAACAAUUAAAGAAGGAGUUGUUGGGAAAUAUGUUAAGAAAGAAACUCCUCCUGAAAUGCCAAUCAUUAAUGUAUGGACCACAGAGCCAAAUAGGAGAACAAGAAAUCGCAAUAAUCAUCCAACAAUUCCAACAUCAAUGUCAAUCCCGCAACAACCCAGUAUGGUACAAAAGUUUGGAAACACUAAAACAACAAUGAGUGCAGUAGGACUGGGAAGUCAUGAGGGAAAGUAUACACCUAAUAGUUCUGUUCCAGAUUUAGCUCAAAGAUUUGCCAGUCUUUCUGUUAAUACUAGUACAAGGGAUGGAAUGCCAUCCCGUACUGCAACUCCAAUGUAUCAUACUGGACUUUCACCUGCUAUAUCUCAUACUUAUGUUAAUCAAUAUGCUGGAUCAGAGUAUCAUUUAGAUAGGGUCCAAACACCUCAGAUGCCUUAUAAGCCUUUAGAUAUCGAUUCAGGCUAUGAAGACUAUAAUCAUUCAGUAUAUCAUCAAAGUACAGGAUAUAGUAGAUGCCAUUCAGAAAGAUCUAGUUCUAGAAACGAACAACAGGAAGAACUUCCUCUACCACCUGGAUGGUCUGUAGAUUUCACUCUUAGGGGUAGGAAAUAUUACAUAGACCACAAUACAAAAACUACUCAUUGGUCUCAUCCUCUUGAAAAAGAAGGCUUACCUACUGGUUGGGAAAGAAUAGAAUCACCUGAAUAUGGUGUAUAUUAUGUUAACCACAUUACACGUCAAGCGCAAUACGAACAUCCAUGUUAUCCCCAUGAAAUACAAGCGGUACGGGUUGUAUCACCUCCGCGUCACACACACUUUCAUUCUCACAGUGUUUUAGUUCCAGCUAAUCCUUACCUUAACGAAGAAAUACCACAUUGGUUAUAUGUAUAUAGUAGAGCAUCGGUAGCAUUAGAUCGUAAAUUACGGUGGGAGCUCUUUCGUUUGCCGGAACUCGACUGUUUUAAUGCAAUGCUUACUAGAUUGUACAAACAAGAACUGGAAGAAGUAGUUAUGCGUUACGAGGAAUACAGAUCUGCUUUGUUAUGCGAAAUGGAACAAAGAUUAAAAGAGUUGAAUCCGGAAACUUCAGGAGCAAUUGCAUUACGUCAGUCUCUUCCUUAAAACUUGGUUAAGUAAAUAUUUUAAUUUUUUGCGUGCUAAGAAUGAUUUCUCUAAUGUGAAUGAAAGAAGUGAAUAAACAUAUUUUAUUAUUUUCA